AUGUUUAUUAAUCUUUAUUUUUUCCUUCAUUUCAUUCACUCUCUCUUGCCUCUCUCUCUCUUUUUUCUUUACUUUUUCUUUCUUUCUUUUUUAAGUUCAAUGUUUUUAACUUUCUUUACUUCUCUCUUUUUUAUUUUUUUCCCAACCUUCAUUUUCUUUUAUUCUCUUUCUCUCACUUUCUCUUUUUUUCUUUUCUCAUUCUCUUUUAUUUUCUCUUUUCAUUUCGUCUUUUACUUUCUCUUUUUAUAUCUCUUUCUCUUUUCAUUUCGUCUUUACUUUCUCUUCAUUUCUCUACUUUCAUUUUGUCUUUUACUUUCUCUUUUCAUUUCGUCUUUUACUUUCUCUUUUUAUUUCUCUUUCUCUUUUCAUUUCGUCUUUACUUUCUCUUUUCAUUUUGACUUUUACUUUCUCUUUUUAUUUCUCUUUCUCUUUUCAUUUUAUCUUUUAAAUUCUCUUUUCAUUUUGUGUUUUUACUUUCUUUUUUCAUUUCUCAUUCUCUUUUCAUUUAGUCUUUCUUUUUUAUUUCAUCUUUUGCUUUCUCUUCAUUUCCCUUUUUAUUUUCAUUUUGAUUUUUACUUUUUCUUUUCAUUUGUUCUUUUACUUUCUCUUUUCAUUUUCAUUCUCUUUCUCUUUUCUUUUUUCUCUCUAUUUCUCUUUUGUCUCUUUCUCUUUUCACUUUUGUUUCUCUCUCUCUCUCUUCACUUAUUCUCUCUAUUUCUCUUUUCCUCCUUAUACUUUCUUCACUAUUUUUUUUCUUUUUUCUUUAUCACUCUGUAG